AUGAGCGCUGGACUCGAUUAUCAGUCAAAGGAUGCGAUGGCUUUGGCCAGUCUCGGCUACAAGCAGGAAUUCAGACGGGUCUUCGGCGCUAUCGAGAUUUUUGGCGUUGUGUUCUCUGCACUGUGCAUCGUGCCGGCGCUAUCGACUGUACUCGUCUAUGCUCUCCCUAACGGCGGUCCUGUGGCUAUGGUUUGGGGAUGGACCGUCGUCACUCCAUUCACGGUCUGUGUCGCUCUUGCUCUUGCCGAUCUCGCAUCUUCUGCGCCUACGUCGGGCGGUCUGUAUUAUUGGACUCACCGUUUCGCAAGCCCGCGAUGGAAGAACAUCCUGGCAUGGAUCGUCGGAUACACGAACACCCUGGCGUACAUAACUGGAAUCUCGGCUGCGAACUGGGGGAUUGCGCUCAUGAUCGCCGCAGCAGGCGCGAUAGGCACCGACGGCUCAUGGACCCCGACUACCGCACAAAUCUAUGCAAUAUCAGUUGCGCUUGGUGUAUCUCAGGCCAUCGCCAGCAGUCUUGCUAGCAAUAUCAUAUCGAGGCUUCAAUGGCUAUACAUCGCAUUCAACAUCGCUCUGGUGCUGAUCAUCUUGAUCGGACUUCCGAUUUCAACCCCGAGCGCAUCCAUGAACACCGCGAGUUACGUUUUCGGUCAUUUCGAGAAUUUGACCGAAUGGAAGGACGGUUUUGCAUUUGUUCUAAGUUUCCUGGCACCACUGUUUGCCUUCGCCGGUUACGAUGCACCCAUACAUCUGUCUGAGGAAGUCUCGAACGCCAAGGUCGCUGUACCGUGGGCAAUCGUUUCCGCCGUAGCUCUAGGGAGUGUGCUCGGCUGGGCCUUGAACGUCGUGAUCGCCUUCUGCAUGGGUCCAGACCUGGUAGCUAUCCUUUCGGAUCCUGUUGGCCAACCGAUGGCCGUGAUCCUACUGAACAGCUUCGGUAAAACAGGAAUGCUGGCCAUCUGGUCUCUUUUCGUUAUCACGUACUGGAUGGCAAUUACGAGCUUGAUGGUAUCCGGAUCACGACAGGUUUACGCGUUCUCCCGCGACGGGGCGUUGCCUUUCUCGAGCGUGCUAUACCGCAUCAACUCGUUGACAGGGACGCCAGUCAACUGCGUGUGGUUCACGGCUAUUUUGUCGCUGCUGCCUUCAUUACUCGCUUUUGCCGGCACUGCGGCCAUCUCCGCGGUAUUCACGAUGGUGAUCAUAGGCCUUUACAUCACUUAUGCCAUACCUAUCUGCUCGCGAUUUCUGUCGAACAACGACUUUGUACCUGGUCCCUUCUCGCUUGGGCGAAUGAGCGCUCCCGUCGCAUUUUUGGCCGUAUCGUGGAUGGUAUUCGCCAUAAUCAUCCUGCUCUUCCCGGCGUCUCCAGCUCCCACCCCGGAAGGCAUGAACUAUGCCAUCGUCGUCAUGGGAGGUGUCAUCGCUCUUGCCAUCGCUUACUUCUACUUCCCGUUAGUUGGUGGAAGACUCUGGUUUACGGGUCCGCGAAGGACAGUGGGGGAUGAGUGUGCGGGAGCGAAGGACGGCAGUAUGCACGAUACCGGAGAGGGAGAGAAAUGA